GUUGUGUCCGAAAAGAACAGGCUGGAACGGGCUCCCGGCCCCGCGGGGUUUGGCGGGAGGCCGCUCGCCCUGCGAGGCCUCUGGCCCCGAGCACCCCGGGUCCGAGCGCAUCACCCCACCGAGGAUGUUAUAGCCUUCCCGAGAGAGCCCAGGGCUCCAGGUCAACAGGCUUUCCCAGACAAGAGCCCGUCACCAUAAGCUUCCAGCAACAACAUGCGCUAGCGUUGGAGGAAGUCCCGGGCUAGGUGUUGGAGACCUGGGUGGUCCCGGCUGGAAAGGAAUGCAAACCCUUUGUGUUGGUGGCAGAGCGUGCUCGUGACUUUGGGCAUGAGGUUUUAGAAAGCAGUGCAUGAGACGCUUUAAGUCGUGGGCGUGUCACUUGGCUCCAGUGAGCCUCAGUUUUCACAUCCAUAAAAUGGCGAUGGUAAUUAUACCGGCCUCCCGUGUCUAAUGAGAUCUCCGGAGCCUAUCUCACGGGAAAAUUAAAGAAUGAAACUGGUCGGUUCUAAGCGUCCUGCCAGUUAAGAGUGUGAUUUGGCAAGGGGCUUCUUUCAAAGGGAAGUUGGUAGGUAUCUAGGGGGAUAGUUGUCUUGAUUUUACUUGGUUUAACUGUGAAUUAAGUGUGGGUUGCAUCUCUUGUGGCCACUGAGGCCAGAGUUUGAAAGAGGAAGAGAAUGCGAGUCUGGUCAAGGUGCAGAGGUGGAUUCUGAUCCCUGCCUCUCUUGUGCAUGCAGGUGGGAAGCCAGUGAAGGGGGAAAAAAAAGAAUUCAUCGUAGGGCAGAGGAGAUGGGGGCGCUUGUUUCUGUAGUUUCUUUGAGUUCAGUGAAUCCACUCACUGUUGGAGAUAUCGUGUAUAGUCAGCAAAUACUCCUUCCUGGGGGUGUUCAGAAGCUUAACUUUAAACUGAACUUUCUUGGGUAAACCGAUGUGGAGUUGGGAGGUGCGGAAGGGCCUCCUUUUCUCCUGGCCUCCCGGGGAUGGAGUAAGCAGUGAGUGCCCCCUUGUGCCCGGAAAGAAGUACUGUCGCUGUUAGUCUCGUUCCCCUGGUGCAGAACUUCUGUUUUCUCCCAGGGUUUCUGUGACUUUCGUUUGUUUUGUUGUUUAGUGUGCAUGUAUUUGUGUAUAUGUGUGUGGCUGCAAGUGUGCCGUGGCACACCUGUGUGAGGAGGUCGGAGGACAACUCGUGGGUCACCGUGUCGGCAAGUGCCUUUACCUCCUGGGCCAUCGGGCUUUUUAGCAUGAAAUAUGAUGGGAGGAAUAUUUGGACCAGUGAUUUCUAGAUCUAGAGUCAGAACUGGUGAUGCCGUAUCCUGCUCUUGCUACGUCUUGUCCAGAACAAGAUGUUGGUUUACAUGCUAGGUCCUGGGAAGAAGGACGAAAAGCCCCUGUCCUCAUAAAUAACAGCGAGUUUAGAAGCCAGAGGAAGCUCAGACCUGGUGAGGAGAGGAUGUGGCCCCUGGACCCAUCCCAGAAAGAGGUGCUGACAUUUGCAAUACGCUGCCGCGUCCUAACUCUAACGCUCCAGGUACUCUUCAAUGCCAUCAUCCCAGAUCACCAUGCAGACGCCUUUUCUCCUCCCCGCCUGGCCCCCUCGGGCUCUGUGGAUCAGCUAGUGGAAGGUCUCCUGGGUGGUCUGUCUCGAUGGGAUGCAGAACACUUCCUGUUUAUUGCUGAGCACGGCUACCUUUAUGAGCACAACUUUGCCUUCCUCCCCGGCUUCCCCUUGGCCCUGAGGACGGGAACUGAGCUGCUGAAGCCCUUGCAGGGCCUCUUGAGCCGGCGCAGUUGCCUGCUGCUCUCCGUGGCGCUUCUCAACUUCCUGUUCUCUGUGCUGGCCGCCGUCGCCCUUCAUGAUUUGGGUUGUCUGGUUUUGCGCUGCCCCCGCCAGGCCUUUUAUGCAGCCAUGCUCUUCUGCCUCAGCCCUGCCAAUGUUUUCUUGGCAGCUGGUUAUUCGGAAGCUUUGUUUGCCUUCCUGACAUUCAGCGCCAUGGGGCAGCUGGAGAGGGGCCGGAGCUGGGCCAGCGGGCUGCUCUUUGCUCUUGCCACUGGGGUGCGCUCCAAUGGGCUGGUCAGUGUCGGCUUCCUCGUGCAUUCUCAGUGCAGAGGCUUUUUCUCUUCUCUCGUGGUGCUGAACCCGCUGCAACAGCUCGUCAAGCUGCUGACCUCUGUCUGCUUGUCGGUGCUCACGGUCAGCCUUCCCUUUGCUCUCUUUCAGUAUUAUGCCUACUGCCAGUUCUGUUUCCCAGGCUCUGCCCCCUCCAUUCCUGAGCCCUUGGUGCAGUUAGCUGUGGACAGAGGCUACAGGAUUAGAGGAGAAGAGGCGCCUCCAUGGUGCUCCUGGAAUCUUCCCCUCAUCUACAGCUACAUCCAGGAUGUCUACUGGAAUGUCGGCUUCCUGCGGUACUAUGAGCUCAGGCAGGUGCCCAAUUUUCUUCUAGCUGCACCGGUGGCUGUGCUGGUUGUGUGGGCAACCUGGACAUAUGUGACCACCCACCCUUGGCUCUGCCUUACACUUGGGCUGCUCAGGAGCAAGGACAGGAAGGCCCUAGAGAAGUGCCACCCUGGCUUCCUCAGUCCAAAGGUGUUUGUGUACCUGGUCCACGCCGCAGCGCUGCUGCUCUCCGGAAGUCUGUGCAUGCAUGUUCAGGUUCUCACGCGACUGUUGGGCUCUUCCACUCCCAUCGUGUACUGGUUUCCAGCUUACUUGCUUCAGAGUCAAGAACCACUGUUGAGAUCUGUAGACACAGUACCUGAGAAGUUUGCAGAAAACUCCCCACCAGGACAGAAGACCCCCAGAAACUGUAUCCUGAAACUCGUAUACAACUGGAAGGCCUGUUCUCCAGUCACAAGAUGCAUUCUAGGCUACUUCCUGACGUACUGGCUCCUGGGACUACUCCUCCAUUGCAACUUCCUGCCUUGGACUUGACCUGGAGUCUCAAGGGACAAACUGGAAGCUGAUUUAACCCAUGGGCUAAAAGCUUCAAGAUACACUGCCUGGGACUGCCUGCACAUCCCUGAGAGCACUGUCAUUAGUAUCUCCCCGUUCCUCUGGAGGAAUGGAGAGUGUGAGCACAGGAGCGCUCUUCUUGUCCUGGAUGGAGUGAGUUUAGAGGAGGAACUGUUUUCUCUGCUGAGUGGAGCUGUCUCAAAUCCCCCUGAUCAACAAGCAUCAGACAAUCUUAAACCUCGUACUGUUUGUUUUUCAAGACAGGGUUUCUCUGUGUGGCCCUGGCUAUCCUGGAACUCACUCUAUACCAGGCUGGCCUUGAACUCGGAGAUCUGCCUACCUUUGCCUCCCAAGUGCUGGGAUUAAAGGUGCAGGCCGCCGCCACCUGGCUCCCCAUGUGUAAUUUAAAUUAAGUGUUUGAUCAAAGCUCUAGCUGACAUCUUGGUCCCCUCAAGAUGAUGGGGACAGUACAGUGAAAGGAGGAAAAGGGACCACCUGCUCUGAGUGAGACGUGUCUGAAGUUUAUGAUGUGUGCAUUUAUAUAAAAAAUUCCACACACUAUGAACAUUUAAAAACUUGUAUUCACAAUGAAUCACCUUUUGUGGGGAGUCACGGAAGUUGAGACAGGGUUCUGGCUGUCCUGGAAUUUGCUAUGUAGCUCAGGCUGGUCUUGAACCCACAGAGAUCUACCUGCCUCUGCCUCCUGAGUGCUGGUACUAACGGUGUGUGCCACAGGCUCUGCUGAGUUAGUUUUUGUAAAUUGUAGGGGUUUGGGGCUAGAACUCAGUAGUAAAGCAUGUGAGGCCCUAAUUUCAAUAAUAAAUGAUUUGGGUCAGAGCACAUGAUCUGAACUCUGGAUCCUAA